AUGGAUUUACGCUCAACAGUUUAUCUUCCAUCAAAGUAAAUUAGCGAAGGAGAAAUUUAAGUUAAGGGAAAAACCUUAGGGAGAUGGAAAACUAAGAAGUUUAUUAUUGAUGAAGAUCAAAGAAUCUUUGCAUUAAAAAGUUCAUAAGCAAAAAAGAAGUUAAAGCCUUUCUACUUAUAAUAUUACAAAGUAAGGAGGUUAAUAAUUUAUUUAGUUAGACAUAAGAGAGAAAAAAAAAGAUAAGAUUUCAUUUGAUUUGAUUUCUAAGGCAGGAGGCAAAAGUGUGACAUUGGGAAUCCAAAAUGAAUAAUAAGCCAAUUUGAUAAUCAAUUUGUUGUAAAAAUUGAUAACGAAGGAAGAGCCUAUUUAGAAAUAAUCAUAAGAGGAAUCAUUAUUAAAGUCUUAAAUUGAAUAACCUAUGGAAAAUACGUAAAGUAUAAAUGAUUUCAUAUUAAGAUUUGGCUUAUGAGAAAAUAGAUUAUGAAAUACCUUGUUUUUUUGAUACAAGUGAAAUUAGAGAAAAGUAUAAUUGUUAUAGUAAUUGAUAAGUAUCUCCCAAAUAAGGAGGGGACAAUAACGAUUAGAGAAGUUUUAAGUGGUUUAGAAGGAGCAAGCAUUCACGAUAUACAAAAAUGUUGAUAACCAUCAUCAAUUUGUGACUUUUAUAGAAUUCGUUGGGGAUUGUAUAAUGACUAAUUGAUAAUUAGGCUGUGAUUUGAUCGUUCAGAAUUUAUCAGAUAAUAACAAAAUAAAUUAAUGGAAUCCAUACGUGUCUCAAACCGAGUCUAUGGUAGUGAAAGAAUUAGCAGAAGAUAAAUCCUUUUAAAUAUGUGAGAUUCGUUAAUUGACAAAUCUCUUUGUAUUUAAGCGAGAAUUUCAAUAUUUACGACAUCAUUUGAAAAUAGACAAUAUUGAUUUUAUUGUUUAAAAACAGAUUGAUUAAAGACCAAAAACUAAAUGCUAUCAAGGAAGUUUGAAAUAUGGUUUAUGGAGUAUUUAAUACAAGUAAAUGAAUUAUCUCAAUUUUCAGAAAUAAUGUGACUAAAGUGUGUUAUGCGACAGAGCAGUCAUUACAGGGUUUAUCUUAUCCAGAUGAAGAUUCUUACCUUAUUUAAAUGUUUUUACAAUAAAUUUAAAAUAUCAACAAGCAGUACGUUUAAAAGACAAUAAAAUAAGAUCCACCUAUUAAUUCAGUAGAGAUUCCUCAAAUCAAUAAAGCCAUUAUAUAGGAAUAGCAAGUGUAAGGAGGAGAACCUUAAAUAUAAAAAUAGCAACCUGAUCAACAAUAAUUACCACCUCAAAUUAAAGUUGUUUAACAAAGCUAAAAGUAAAAUUAAGAAGAGGAUGAUUAAUUUUUUGAUUGUGAAGAAGAAGAUGCGAUAGAUGAGAUGAAUGACAAGUUAUUUAUUGUAGAAACUGUGGAUAAUAAAUAAUUGAUUCAAGAUGAAGUUGUAAAAGAUGUUUACGAAUAAAAUGCAAGAAGACAAUCUAUAUUGCCAAUUUAAAUUGAUACUUAAGAUAAUAAUGAAUAAGAUUGGGUAGAUAAGAAAAUGAAAUUAGUAUUAUCAGGAGGUUAUUGUUCACUCUCAAUAAAUGUGAAACAUCAAUUGUAGCCUAAAGAAAAAGGAUAGAAUAGAUAAUUUUUGACUUCAUAAGAAGGAGGACACUACAUAUUUAAGAAAGAUUUUAUAAGAGAAGAAAAGAAUGGGGGUUUGAAAGUCAUCAAUGAAGAGAAAUUAGCUGCUUAAAAGGCAGUUAUUAAAUUCCUCAUUACCAGAAUUGGAGCAUCAUUGUUAAUGGGAAAAUCUAUUACUGGAAUAUCAAUGCCAGUCUCAAUUUUUGAAGCUCGUUCUAAUACUGAAAGAGUUUGUAGUAGUUUGGGAUUCGCACCAAUAUAUUUAGAAGAAGCUGCUCUGUCCUAAGAUAUUUAUUACAGAAUCAAAUAAUGUGCGGCAUUUCAAUUUGGAUUCAUAUUUAUGUAUAUAUCCUGUGAGAAAGUAACUAUAAUAUCUCAACCUUAGCCUUUCAAUCCUAUCUUGGGGGAAACUUUCCAAGGCUUUUACGACAAUUGUCCGAUCUAUUGUGAAUAGAUCAGCCAUCAUCCUCCAAUAUGUGCUAUUCAACUUUAUGGCAGAUCAUAUAAGUAUGUCUAUCAUUAAGAUAUCUAGAAUCGAAGGACAAUUGGAAUUGGUGGCUAAUUUUCAUUCUAAUUCAGUUGUUGGUAGAAAUGUUGGAACCUUCAAAAUUACUUUUGAAAAUCCACAUUAAGAGAUUUUAUUGACAUUCGCUCCAGGUAGUUUGAAUGGGACAACAUAUGGUGAUAAAGUGCUUAAUUAUCUUGAAAAAUAAUUCAUAAUAGAUUUGAAAAAUAAAAUCAUCUUGGAAACUACAUUCAAUCCUGAUAAAAAAUAUUGCCAAUAUUUUGAAGUUGAAUAUGUGAAUCAACUUGAUUAUUUAUGUGGAGCUAUUUGUGAUGUUACUGAUACGGCUAUUUUGAGAUAUUAAAAGGAAGGUUUUAGAAAAUAUAAAGGAUUGGAUUUAAAAAAUGAUGUUAAACAGGUCAAACACAAGAUUAAGGGUAUCUGGAUCAAUGAAAUAAAAGUAUGGAAUUACUAAUAUAUCUCUAGGUUGACAAUCAGAAAUUAAUAUCUAUUUAGCAUGAUUACCCUGUUAAAAUGUAAUUGGCUCAAUUCCCAAUACCAUCAGAUGCUACUUUCAGAAUGGAUCUUUUAUGGUGGAAGUUGAGAAAUUUCGAUUAAUCUUAGCAAUGGAAGGAGAAAUUGGAAAUUCUUUAAAGAUAAGACAGAAAAUUGAGAGAAUAGAAGUCAAAAAAGAAAAAAUGA